AUGGCUGGCUUGUCGUCCAUGCUUUCGCGCGGCAUAUCUCGACGCCAACUUUCCUCGCUGCAGAACCAAUGCGAGGCGCUCGAGCGUGGCAUCGAAGAGGCUCAAGCGAAGAGACUGAGGUGUUGGACGUGCGCGGAACGGCAACGCUCAGAGGCAGCUGAAAUGGAACUUUGCCUCCAACGCUUUCCGCCGAUCGCCACCACGUCCGUGGAACCGCCGCUCGCUGCGACGCGGCAGCGCUGCGAGGCGCUGACGACGGAGGCGGCGAUGGAAAGCGCAUUCUUGGACGAGGCGCGGAUGGAAAUGAAGGAGAUGCAAGCACUGCAGGAGAAGUUGAAGAGAAUGCAGCAGGAGGAAAUGCAACAGAGACGUGAGAUUCAAACUUUGUCACAGCAACUUUCAUCCGACCUGCGCUCCUUGGAGAGCGAGAGGCAGACAUUGAUGGAGGAGGAACUCCUUCAAGAGGAGUUUCUGAUGAAAUCACGAGAGACGCUGGAAGAACGAGACCGCGAGCUGGCGGAAAGCAGUGCCUAUUGGGAGGCCGUGCCGUUCCUCUCCAGUGAAACCGCUUGGGUGGAGGACUGGCAGCAGGACCUGCAAAGGCAAAGACGUGAGCUGUCACAGCUGCAAUCAGAGCUGACACCUGGGCUGAGAACCCGGACAAUGGCAGAAGAAGUUGCUGCUCUCAAGGCGUCGGCUGAGAAAGAGCAGCAGACACUUGGUCUGUGGUCGGCGGAACUUCAAAGUCCGAGCCCUUCACAGCCAACGUCUCCACGAGAUGUGGCAAAACUGCUGGCGACCCAUGCGCGUCUCAAAGAAGACCUAGCACGACUCCAAGCACAGGCUGUCGACAUCGAUACGCACCGGGCCCAUCCGAGAGACGACGGUCUCAGCCGUGUGCUGGCGGCCACGGGAGCGCGGACAGUGGAGAACAUGAAGGAGGUGCUGAAACAGAAUUUGCUGCUAAUGCAAGAGCUUCAGGAGACACUCACAGAGAGAAAGCUUCGUUGUGACAAGGAGGCGAAGCUCCGGCGUGCACUGGACCGCCGCCUAGACGAGCUUUCCCGCGCAGGAAAAAAAAACGGUCAAAAUCACCGCGAGUCUCGCGGGCUGAGCGGGGAACGCUCA